AUUCGUAAAUCUUUAAAAAUCGUAUGCUAUUAAAUCGAUCACAAGAUUAGUGUGUAGAUUGUAAUCAGUGCGUCUUCCCGCGGACGAUAUAAUGCACAUCAAGUAUUGUAGAGCAAUAAGACACUUACUAAUAGAGUAGAGUUUUGUACUGUACAGUCUAUCAUAAUUUUACAUCAUAACAUCACAAUAAGAUUUGUACUGUCAGUACAUUAUGUGAAAAAUCAUUUUAGAUUGUAAGUUUGAAAACUUAAUUCUGUGAUGUGUUACCACACGAAUUUGGACUCAUACUGUAACAUCAUGGUUACAUACAUACACUGAUGGUUCGAAAGACCCUAUCUCUGGUAGAACUGCUGCUGCAGUAUAUAUUCUGCAAUUUAAAACUAGUAUUAAAAAAAGAAUAUCAUAUCAUGUAUCUGUGUACGCAACAGAAUUAAUUGCUAUGGUGGUAGCCAGUGGGUAGAGGAUUAAAACCAAGCUUAGUAACAAUUUGUUCUGAUUCUUACAAGUGGACUAAAAUCAUCAAGGCAAGACAUUAUAUUCGAGAUACUUGCUAGUUUGAGUUAGUAAUGUAAGCUUAAUAAAAAAAAUUUGGGUUCCUGCUCAUGUGCGAGUGGAGGGGAAUGAAGUGGUUGAUAAGCUAGCUAAGGAAGCUCUAAAACAUUCAGAAAUAGAGGUCCAAAUUACUCUGAGCAAAAAUGAAGUUAAAGGGAAAAUUAAAGAAUUCAUAAAAAAACAAAUGGCAAGAGGCAUGGAAUUGUGACAGCAUGGGUAGGUUUAUGUAUAACAUUCAACAGCAAGUAGGAAAUGGAAGAUAUGUUGUCAGGAACAGAAAAGAAGAUACAGUAAUUUCACGCAUCCGAAUGCGUCGUACUAGAUUGAAUCACUCUCUGUUUAAAAUAGGAAAACAUGAAUCAGGGCAGUGUAAUUAUUGUAAUCAGCCAGAAUCCAUAGAACAUGUAUUACUAAAGUGUAAGAAAUAUGAAAAUGAAAGGUUAAAACUCAUUAAUAAAGUUAAGAAUAUGGGUGUUAAAGCAUUCAAUUUGAUAAAUCUUUUGAAAGAACAAGAAAAACAAAGUAUUAUAUAUGGUUCUAUUAUAAAAUAUAUUAAAGAAAUAAAUAGGAGUAUUUGAUAGAAUUUAACCUUUUUUUUUAUACUUUUAUGUGAAUGUCAUAUGCCUACCAAUGCUUCACACUCCAGUCUAGUUGGUGGUAAAUGCACCAUAAGUUGGUUUGCCAUCCGCCAUAAAAAGCCAAUAGAAGAAGAAGAAGGUGACGCAUUUCCGCUCGCCCGCUAUUGGAGGUCACGUGUUUCCUGUUUGAGAGUGGAGCUCCACUUGCCCACAUGUUCUUGUUAAACUAAGGUGUGCUCAUAUAAACCUCCACAGAUCGAUCCUUAUGCAGAUACGCUUUAUUUAGCAUUAAAUGUUCACGGAAUUUGGCAUUUAUUUUAUUUUAUAAGUCAUUCGCGAAGAACAAUUUGCGCAUCAGGUUAAGGGUGUAAAAGCAGUCUGUUGCAACCAUGGGACGGUUUCUAUAUGUUACACUUGUACUUUCAGUUUCAUAUCAGCUUAUAUUGCCUUGUUACUCAUUGGAUUGGGACAGCCAGUCUAGUUCCCUUCAUAAUGUAUGCUCCAUUGUUACAAGUUUGUCCGAGGAAGCCCACAGUUGCCUCGUCUCUGUGGUUGGUGAAAAGGUAGUAGAUUCGUCCUUAAAGUCUGCACGUAAUGGCGUCAAGUUGGGGUCAGAAGCAACGGUAGCGGCUCUCAACGUGGUCAUCCGAUACCUUACUGAAAUCUUGGAGGCAGCGGGAAUUAACGCCAAACUACCCUUCAAUCAAGUUACUGCAGAGGGAGUGAUUUAUGUUGCUCAGUGGGCCCUGCUGGCUCUGGUUGCCUUCUGGAUAUUAGUCCUGCGUCUGGUGGUCGGAGCUGUGAGACAGGCACUGUGGCUACUUAAGGUCAUCUUUACAGUUGCCAUGUUCUGGUUGAUAUUCCAGGGAAUAUACAGCAAUCUGUCCCAUCCCUACCCCAUGGACACCCUGUACUCAGAAACCACAGCACUGAGAUUAGCAGGCCUGGUGUGCGUUUGUGUCCUAAUAGGUGUAGGUGGAUCAUCGACACAGCGAGAUACACACCUCGAGGACAAAAUCAAGAAGUUGGAGAGACGGCAGAGAGAUAUGGAAAGAAACUGAGUGGAAUAAGGAAACCUACACCCGGUCCUGAAAUAACUCUUGCUUUCUUGCAGCACAGUUGUUAAUUUUGAGAAUGUCAUUUUGUAAAUUAUGGUGAAUUUAAACUCAGAAAUAAAAGCAACGUUUUGUUAAACUCAUGCAUGAUUCAUUUAUAAACUUCACUGUAACAAAAAUCUUUUUUGGACUUUACGUUCAAUUAACUUGGAUUUACACAUCAUUUUGACUGUGUAUGAGUGAUGAGUUGCUGUAACUUAUAAAGUUGACAUAACUAUAGCAAAUUCAACUUAAUAAGUUGCAGCAAUGCAUCACUUGUCAAGAUAGUUGAAAUGACUAGGAAAUACUAGUUGAUUAAACUUUAAAAUUUAAGUGCAAAAUAUUUUUAACCGUUUUGUUUCAACAUUUGUAUGUGUUAGAAUAUGGAAUAGGGCAUUUGAAUGAAAUAGUUAAAUCAAAUGCACACAGAGAAGGGAUUAGUUUGCAGGUACUGGGUCAGGUUACAGGUUAUUUAGAGAAAUCAAGUGCUCCAAUUGCAUUCAAACAAUCAUGUUUAUGUUGCUUAUUUUGCUACAUUAUUCAGGGAUGAAGUAACAUUGCAAAAUGUGUUACUUAAAAAUGCAUCUGUCCUCUGCAUGUGUGGUAUCUUAAAAUGUUUUUUCUACCGUUGCAGGAUUAUUGAUAUGAUAUCUCAAGUAAUACUCUAAUGUUUCGAGUACUGUGCCAU